AGGAAUUUUUACGUUAACGACACUUUAACGUCAACUUUGUUUUUAAUUAGAGGAAGUAACGAUGGUUUUUUUACUCUUACUAGUUACGGUGCUUCCAACUAUAUUCUAUUUCUACUUAAAAUGGCAUCACGCCUAUUGGAAAAGACGAGGCGUGCCACAAUUGGAACCGGAAUUUUUAUAUGGGAACACAAGGGGAAUGAUCAGAGGCGAAACGUCUGCUGCGGAGAGUUUCCUUGACUUUUAUAAGCAGUUUAAGGCCAAAGGGUGCCCUUACGGUGGAAUAUACAACACGUACAGGAAGGUUUUUCUGCCGAUCGAUCCGAAAGUCAUCAAGCAAAUUAUGCAAAAGGAUUUUGAACAUUUUAACGGCCAUUUUCCCUCCAGGUUAUUAAAACAGUCAAUUUUAACUAAGAACUUGUUUGAUUUAGAAGGAGAGAAAUGGAAAUCGACCAGAAAACAUCUCACUCCGACAUUCACAACCGCUAAAAUAAAAAUGAUGUAUGAAACGAUGGUGGAAAAAUCUGCCGGUCUGAACAAGAUGAUCCAGAAGUAUUCCAGUAAAAACGAACCGAUCGACAUUAAAGAGGUUCUGGACCGAUUCACCAUCGAAAUAGUUGCAAGUGUCGGUUUCGGUAUCGAGUGUAACGCCAUGGAGGAUCCGAAUUCCGAAUUCGUGAUGCACGGGAAAAUCAUGAACGGGUCACCGGCGAAACCUAAAAGUCUUUACCUGAUGUUUUUGAGAACUCUGGGGCAUAGAAUGGUGCGGACCAAAUUACACGUUUCCGAGAAUUUUUUUAAGAAUAUGGUAGAAGAGAACAUUGAUUAUAGGGAGAAAAAUAGAAUUUAUAGAAAGGACUUCAUUCAUAUGAUGAUUCAGUUAAAAAACAAAGGCAAAGUUUCUGAUGACAAGGACGUUUUCACCAAAAUAAAUGAUCUUCCCGGGACCUUUGAUAUUGAAGAAAUCACUGCUCAAGUUCUUCUGUUUUACAAUGGCGGCUAUGAAACGGCAGCUACAACGUUAACUUUUGCGAUAUUCGAGCUGACCCAGCAUCCAGACAUCCAGGAUAAAAUACGUGAGGAGGUCAAUAGGGUAAUUGAAAAAUAUGACGGCGCGUUGACUUACGAGGCUGUAACGGAACUGACGUAUACUGAACAAGUGAUCGAAGAGACUUUAAGGAAACAUUCAUCAGUAUCGGCGAUACCGAGGACAUGCACCAAGGAGUAUAAACUUCCCGGCACCGAGACUAUUAUAGAAAAAGGAACUGGACUGUUUAUACCGAUAUUGGGACUCCAUAGGGAUCCAGAGUAUUUUCCUGAUCCGGAAAAGUUUGAUCCGGACCGCUUUAGUCCGGAAAAUCGAAAGCUUAUUAAGGAGUUCACUUAUUUACCGUUCGGUGAAGGACCUAGAAUGUGUUUAGGCUUACGAUUUGCCCUGGUCAAAACUAAAUUUGCUUUGGCCUCUUUAUUGAGGAAUUACAGUUUCAGACUUAAUAAGAAAACCGAGCUGCCACUACGAAUAGCCACGGAUCGAUUGAUUUCGGGAGUUAAGGGGGGAAUUUGGGUUGAUGUUCAAGAAGUUCACACUCAGAAAAAAUGAAUUUAAUUUACGUAUACUGUAUUGAAUUUAUACACGAUAAUAAAGUGGACGCGUGGUUGCCUCUUGUCAA